AUUCAAAUCUCGAUCAAAAGGUAUCUCAAUUAAAAGGUAUCUCAAUUCUGGUUGUUCGUCCCUCUAAUCUAAUGGUCAAGAUCUUGAAUCAUUUUCUUUCCUUUUUUAGUUCUAUAACAGCAGGAACCCUAAAGUUUCUUCAUUCUCUUCCCCUCCUCUCUCUCUAGCCGUUGUUUCUCGUCUCUCUUCUCUCCACCGGCAUCCGACAAAGACGUCGAAGCAGCAAGCCACCGGUCAAACCCAAUCACCGGUGAGGUCUCUCUCCCUCUCAUUUUCUCUCUUCCUCUCCUCCUUUCUCCAAGCAAUCCACCGAAAAGAUUCCUCGCAAAGGCAAUAGCCACUAGCGAGAACACCCAGCAGUCGACACUGCUUCAUCUCCCUCCAUUCGCCCAUUUUUCCUUUGAGCUAAUAGCAGCCAAUGACAACAACAAAACCAGAAGCUUCGACUCCAGGGAGUAGCGAGACAAAAGUAGCUCCAGCGAAGGCUCCGGUCAACAACUCCAUGCAACAGCUACGAAGAAAUCUUCUCUAUCUCCGGUGCCUCUUUCUUCUUUUCCGAUGAGGAUUAACAGCAAAUUUAGGCAAAUACUUCAAAUCUUUUGAGCUUGUUAAGACGGAUCUUGGCAGAUCCGUCCAAGUAAGUUUUAAUCAACUUUAUGGUCAUUUUAACUCUUUGAUGUGAAUGAGUUUGAUUAGUUUGAGAAUUCGAGCAUGAUAUAGUUUGUCAUGAUAUAUUAAUUUGUCUUGUAACAUGCUGAUGUUUAGAUAGCAUAUCUAGGUUGAAGUUGUCUAAUUAAAAUUCAUGUUCAUUUGCUUAAUAGUGAUCUGAUAGAUUUCUCUCUUUGCCUUUGUGUUAAUAUUUACCGUCGGUUGUUUAACAGGUUCAUUGAAUUUUGUUUUUUUUCUCUGUCAUAAUCAUGGACUUGUUAAUUUUCAAUAUUUUUUUUCUCAAUAGCCUAAAUAGUUUAUUAAAUCCAAGAAUGUUUGUUGGUGAUAAUUUAUUGUCAUUAUGUUUAAUUUGAGUACUGUUGGUUGUUUUACUAAUUGAUUGAUUUGUUUUUUCCCUUCUUUGCUUGGUUGUAAUUAGGAUCUACCAGUUGUUUAUAGACUUUGUCAAAUUAACAAAAAUUGAUAUUUAAAAUUAUGGCUUACACUGCGUAAUUAAUGUUGUAAAUUUGGAUUCAAUUAAGUAUUGUGCUUCGCUUGUCUUAAUUACAACAAGCAAUUCCAACAAGGUAAUUUGUUUGGACUAAUUUUAUCUUUUAAAUUUAUAUGUUCUGAUGGAUUUUCUGUAAUUUUUAUUUUACUGACUUAUGUUAAUUGAUUUUUCUACCUUAAUUAAACUAGUUAGUAAGAUGCAAUCAUGUCCGGCUAUGCUAAAAUGUAUAUUGGUAUAUUUUUUAGUUGUAAUUAUCACCCUUCUCGUAUUAAUUAUUACCUUUCUUACUUGAUUUUUGCAUAUCAUUUGUUAGUUAAUUGAUCCCGUUUUCCUUGAUUUAAAGUUGAUAGAUCUCUUACUUUUUUAUAUUUGGUAAAAAAAAUAGAACAAAAAAAUAUUAAUUAAUUAAAAUAAAUCUAAUUUCACUCUUUUAAAAUAAGAAUACUGAUUGACCCCCUAUACUCCUUUUCCUUAUUUGUUUAUCUUCCAAAAAAAUUAUAAAAAGGACUCCUUACCCUCAUUUUUCAAUAAUUGGACAUUACCUGCAUUUGAAUAUUAAAAGAAUUAUUGCAUUUCUCUUUACUCUUUGCUUGAAAAUAAUUUCCGAGUGAACUCUUAAAAAGUAUUUUAUUGUGUUCGGGUCGAAUAGUGUGGAAUUAACUUAUCUUCAUUGCUAAUUGUUCUUUUACUGCUUUACCGGUUAGUGUCUUUCAUACAUGUAUUUAAUUUGAGAAUCAUUAGUUACUUACUUGUAUGCAUAAGUCCAAAUUGGACAUUGAUAAAUAAAAGGAAGCAUCCGGGUCAGUUUUCUCCUCCUUUUCUAUGAAUGAUCCUAUAUGUGUGAUUGCUUGCUUUUAUAGUGUCUAAGUAUAUAAAUAGCUGCUAGUAUAUUGUUUUUGUAUUAUUUGUAUUGUAUUGUCCUUCUUCAAUUAGCAGGGCUUGUUAAACUUUGAUUUGUAUCUGAGUGGAACUAGUUUUUUUUAAAAUAUUUUUGUCGUUCCUUUUAUUUAAUAUUGUAAUAUUUUGUAGUAAUUCUAACUCUCUCUAUAUAUGAUAUAAUUUGGGGGUCGCCUAAAGGGGGGAGGGGAUAUAUGUGUUAAUUUUUUUCCUUUCAUUUAUAGCUUAGUUUAUUUUAUUACGUUUGGUUGUUAAAAUCUACCGAUAUUUACUUAAAUCAUGCAAGCAUAUGAAAAUAUCUUAAUUUUCUAUUUUAAAAUCAAUCUUGUUUUCUUUUUCAUAUUAUCAUUGAUAAAUUGUUAUAAUCGUGACUUUUUAGAACAUGAUGCUAAAUAUUAAAUAUUUGAGAAUUCGUCUGAUAACUAGACAUCAUGCCUAUAAGGGUUAAAAAUAUUUUACAUAUCAUGUGGGUGUAGAAACCAUGCCAAUAGGUUUUGAUACAACAUGCUCAUAUUUAGAAAUCAUGGCUAUAGGUAUUAUGCAAUGUUUUGACUUUUCAUUCACCUAGAAAUCAUGUUCAUAAAUAUUAUUAACUAAUUUUCAGCAUGCCAAUGACUAAAAAUAAAAACAUAACCUUGUCGCUGUUUUUAAUAUGUUAAUUAAUUAAACAGUUUUCUGAAGAGAUUUUUCUGUCACAGCUUCAUAACAUAAUUAAUUGAUCGACUUGGGCAUAUUUUUCUAAAAUUUGUUGUUUACUCUUCCUAAAAUAAAUUCAUUUGAGUAAUAAUGCUACAUUAAAAAAUUGAUUGCUAGUUAAGUAAACUUCUGCAUUAUCAAUAUGGUAUGCUAUUUCUCUUAAUGAACUAUUUUCUACACUCAAUAAUUCUCCUGCACCUCUAAAAUUAAUAAAUAAUUGUUAUAGUACUUGUAUGCACACACUUUAGCAUGAAAUCCUUGCACAAUUACUUGUGUUUGCCAGCAUGUUUAAUAAAAUCUAGAGGUCAACUUGAAACUUUACAUGCUAAAUGUUGUCCUAUGUGUUUUUCUUGGUAUUUAGGAGGGUCUUAUAUUUUAUUUUAGUCUAAACCACCCCAACAGUAGUCCAAUGCCUCUUGGACCUUAAGAGAGGACAUUAGGCACAUUGUAAGACGAAAUACAUGCGGUCGUGGGGGAAGGGUAGUUGUACCCCACGAAUAUGAUGACAUCCACUCAGUCUUAAAGAGACAAACCUUGAAUUUGUCCAUACACGGAAGCCUACCGGAAGAAUUAAAGAAAGUCGAGUGUUGAUCCGUAAAGUUUCUCAGUCUCCCUUCCCUUUUUCCCCAUUAUUUAUCUUAAUUAUAAUUAUUUGGGAUAAUUUAAACAAAAUAAAAGUUAUCUUCUAUAUUUAAUUGUGCAAUCUAUCUUCUCGCGUAUCUUCUAUAAUUUGUUUUUUUAUUUAUGUUAUCACCUGGUUUCGUGUGUUUAAAUAAUUAAUUAAAAUAAUAAUGAAGUGACCUUAACUACUACUUGUAACCCCCCACAUAAAUUGCAUGAGAUAAGGCCGGAAUCCAUAUUUGUGGACCUCGAGGUAUGCUUAACAUCUUCCCCUCGAGGUAAUUUGAAUCCUUACUCUAAUCUUUGGUUCGUUGACCUUAGUUAGAAUUAGUUAGGUUAAAUAGGUUCGCUAACGCGCCUUAAUUUGUUAGGUGACGACUCUUCAAUCAACCUAAAAGUCCAAAAGAGUUGUUAGGUCGUGCAUUAAAGUCCGUUUUUGAUGAAAAAUAGGGUGCGACAAUGGUCUAGUGCUCUUUGUUGUGUCUACUUGUCAAAUUUAAAGCUGGAUUUUUCGCUUUUGAUUUGCCACCAAGUCUCAUGUUCUACUUCCUCCCUCACCUGCAAUAAUUUCUUCCAAGUAUGUGAUGCCCUUGUUCCUUUGGCAAUUACGAGGUGACAUUUCUUACAAUAUUUAUUUCAUAUAUAAGAGAUUCAUAGCGAAGAAGUUGAUGUACUAAAUUUCCACCACAAUUUGGGGCAUAAAGUUGUUGUAACAUCAUGUAAUGAUCUGAAACCCAACCCUCCUUCCUUUUGCGAAUAACACAUAUCAUUCCAAGCUAUCUAAUGUAUUCCUUUAUUCCCUCCAGUCUUACCCCAAAAGAACCUAGCAAAAAGUUGGUGGAGUUGAUCAAUAAUCCUUUUAGGAGGAUUCAUAGUUGAUAAUAGAUUCACCGCUAUUGAUUGUAACUCAUUAGAAAUUAGUAUAAGCGUUCCUCGAAAAGAUAGGAACUUGUUUUGCAAACACAACAUUCUUUUAGAUAUUGUUGUUAAGAGCUCUUUAUAAUGAUUCUUAUUCUUCCUACCAUAGAAAACUGGGCAUCUUAGAUAUGUAAAAGGGAAUGACCCAUGAUUUAUACUUGUCAAUCUUCUCAAUCUAGCUGUCACCACAAUUGAUGGAGGUAGAAGAACCCUUCUUAUUGAUCAUUUGCCUUGAUACUUGCUCAUAUUCCUUCAAUACCCACAUCAUCUUUAUGAUUGAUGUUCUCUCACCCGAACAUAAAAGUAUAGUAUCAUCAGCAUAAGAUAAAUGAUUGAUCUAAGGAUUCUAUUUAGGUAAGUCAUACCGUCUGAAAUUUGUAUGUUCAUUAAGUUUAUUCAGCCCUCUGGGUAAUACACAAUAUAUGAAUUUUUUUUAUCAUUACCAAAUCUAUGCGGCAUAAAAUCAAUUCAAAUUUAUAGGAAAAAACUAGACAUCAAAGGUUUGAUAGAUCCUUUUACUUGUAUCCAUUUGUGUUCUAAACCCUUUUACUCUAUACUUUAUCAACUGGACCCUUAAAAUUAUUAAAAUACAACAUUUGAAACCCCUAUGAUCAUUCACCAAAUCUAUGUGGCAUAAUAUUAUUGAGUUGGAAAGAUGUGUGAGUACACUCACUUUCAAGCCCGUAAAAACCUAUAUGUUAUUUAAAAAUAUUAUUCUUUAUCAAAAAAACUUAUUUCUUUAUUAACCACCCCCAUCCUACCCACCCAAUUUCUCUCAUCAUGGAACACUCUUCCCAUCCGUAACCCUAAACUUUCUUCUCUUCUUCUUCAACAAAAUCACCACGAUACAUAUUCUUUUCUUUUGUUCAAAAUCACCCGUCAUAUACUUUCUUUUUGUUCUUCAAGCAACUCUCAUCUUUGCAACAAAUCAAAAUCCCGCCAUUAAUUUCUUUUUUCAUGCCCCAUUUUUUUAAAUUCUUAAUCUUUUUUUAUUUUGAAAGUUGAAAUUAUUGUUUGUGUUAGUUAGAUUCAAAGAAGAGACCAUGAUAUGCACUUAUGUAAAGGAUAAUGGUUGGCAUUGAAGAAGUUGAAAAGUCCAUUAGUAAGUUUGAAGAACAAUAAAUGAGUUUUAUGAAUUUGUGAAAUUAAUUCAAAUUUGUAAUUGGGGCUCGUUGAACUUGUGUUAGUGAAGUUGAAGUUGAAAUUUCAAGUCAAAUAAAGAAGAAUUUCAUCUAUUUGGUAUGAACUUGGUGCUCAAAUUGUAAGCAUACGUAAAGAUUGAAGAACAUGAUUAUUUAAAAAAAAAUUUACAAAUGCUGAAUAUUUGAUAUUUUUUAUUUUUUUAAUAUUUAAUUUCUGACAUGUGAUUGAAAAAUGACAUGAAAUUAUAUGUGUAAGAGAUUGGACUACACACAUAAAGAUCUUAUGAGAAAAUGUUUACAAUAUAGUGUUUUAACGAGUUUAAGAGUUUAAUUGACAAAAUGUUAAGUAGGGGCAUUCGACAAGUUUCAUCAAACUAGUUUGCCAAACUAGAUUAAUCCCAAACUUAGAAUUUCCAACUUUUCUAAAAAACAAACUAUAAUGUAGAUAUUUAUUGUCAUACAAAUUUGUUUAUAACAAAAAAAAAUAGGCUAAAAAUAUGCGUUUGAAUAGUUGACUAAAAAAAAAGGCUAAAAAUAUGCUUUUGAAUAGUUGACUAAAUUAGCAAUAUGAAAUCUGCUGUUGGAGUUGCUCCGCCCACGUCACUGCCUGCGUUGUUGAUACAAUUUGAUGGCGAAAUACUAAAAUAUGAAAUUGGCGAGAGAGAGAAUGACCAUGAGUUUCUUGGAAAGGCGGUAGAAAACUUGGAGAACACUCUUGCACAUACGCCUAUAUUUUGGGGACUUGAGCGAUAAAAGGGGAAAUUAAUUUUCUGUUGCAUCAAUCGCAUGAGCAUCGGACCAAGAAGGUUAUCGAAUUCAUUGGUAAAAAUGGCGGAACAAAUCAAUUCAUCAGCAACAGCUGACGGAGCAAAACGCUGGUCAUUUUGGCCCUCUUCUCUUCGUUGGAUACCUACAUCUACUGACCACAUCAUCGCUGCUGAAAAACGUCUUCUUUCUCUUGUUAGAACUCCUUAUACUCAAGAGCAGGUCAACAUUGGGUCUGGUCCACCAGGUUCAAAAGUUAGAUGGUUUCGAUCGGUGAGCAAUGAACCGAGAUUUAUCAAUACUGUUACUUUCGACAGCAAAGAGGGUUCUCCUACUCUUGUUAUGGUCCAUGGAUAUGGUGCCUCUCAAGGUUUCUUCUUUCGGAAUUUUGAUGCCCUUGCAAAGCAUUUCAAAGUAAUUGCUAUUGAUCAGCUUGGUUGGGGUGGAUCAAGCAGGCCCGACUUCACAUGCAAAAGUACCGAAGAGACUGAAAAUUGGUUUAUCGAUUCCUUUGAGGAGUGGCGCUAAGCCAAAAAUCUAAGCAACUUUAUUUUGCUUGGGCACUCUUUUGGAGGGUAUGUCGCUGCCAAAUAUGCUCUCAAGCAUCCUGAGCGUGUUCAGCAGUUGAUUCUGGUAGGACCAGCCGGAUUUACAUCACAAACUGAACAUAUGUCCGAGCGGAUGACCCAGUUCAGAGCAACUUGGAAGGGAGUUGUCUUGAAUCAUUUGUGGGAGUCUAAUUUUACCCCGAUGAAAGUUAUCAGAGGCUUAGGCCCAUGGGGUCCAGACCUUGUUCGCAAAUACACAAAUGCUAGAUUUACUGCAUAUUCUAAUGGAGAUGAUUUGACUGAGGAGUCGUCCAGACUACUCUCAGAUUAUGUAUAUCACACUUUGGCUGCAAAACCUAGUGGAGAGCUAUGCUUAAAAUAUAUAUUUUCCUUUGGAGCAUUUGCCAAGAGUCCUCUUUUAUACAGAGCACCAGAUUGGAAGGUGCCAACAGCUUUCAUAUAUGGACAUGAAGAUUGGAUGGAUUACCGAGGAGCGCAACAGGCAAGGAAGAAUAUGAAGGUUCCAUGUGAAAUAAUUAGGGUCCCUCAGGCUGGUCACUUUGUAUUUAUGGAGAACACAUCCGCAUUCCACUCUGCUGUACUCUAUGCUUGCCGUAGAUUUGUAUCACCACAGAAGGACAAUGACUCGCUUCCUGAAGGCGUGGUAUCUGUCUGAAUGAGACACAUCGCGGUGAUGUGUUCAUUGUGUGGGGUAUAGGUUGAGAUAAGUGUACAAUAGAUAACAUUGGUUUAUGUUCUCUCAAAUGAGUUUACUGGUCUGACUAAUAUAUCCUUAAAAUUUCUCAGAACAUAAAGUCAAUAUCCUCAAGAAGCCAUGAAUGGGCAGCAUUCUUUUCUGCCGCUCCUUGCUUGUAGGAAGUCGAUGUACAGAUAGCUGAAUGGUUUAUGUUCUUGAAACUACAUUCUGUUUUUAUGUGAAAUAGUGAAAUAUUAUAUGUCAAUAGUUGCUAAAUGAACAAGAUAGUGUGUAAAUAAAAUUUGAAUCAACUAGUAUGUCAAUUCCAGUUAUACAUGGUUCUGGUAUGCUUUGUCAA